CUUUGAUCUCAGUCGAAAGAAACAAAUAUACGCGUGCGGUUGGUUCCACAUAGCGAAAUUUGCGGUUCAAUGUGAAAUGAGUCAACAAACGCCGCCGCAAACACACUCGUGUUGAAACAAAAAUAAAAGUAGACAUUACCUACUUAGUAUUCAUAUAUUUUUUGUCCCGUUUAGAUGUCGACGAAAAGCAAAAUAAUUAUCAUGUAUUUUUAAUUGAAGUGAAAAUAUAAAGUGAGGAAAAUAAUAACAAUUGUUAUUAUAGAUUUCCAUAACAACAAUUGUCUAUGUGGGAUAUUGAAAAUUGGGUUUGUGAUACUCUAACUAAUCCCCAAUAAAUUUGACCUUCUAUUGGUUAAUCUAAAAAACAAAAAUUAAUUAAAUAAUAAAAAUGUACAACGAUGAGCAUCUCUAUGAAAAUGUUUACUAUUCCAAAAGGGCAUCGACCAUGGAUGAUCAUCACACACCGGAACUGCUACAGCAGACCCAAAAGCAGGCCGAUGAAAUUGUCGAAAUAAUGCAUGGCAAUAUCAAAAAGGUGAUGGACCGUCAAGAGAAACUCGAGGACCUUAAUGCUGCCGCUGAAUCAUUAGAAAGACAAGCCACAGUAUUUCAAACCCAGGCGAGAGAUGUGAAACGGAAAAAAUGGUGGGCCCACAUGAAGACCAAGAUAAUAAUCGCCUUUAUAAUCGCCGUUCUUAUUUUAAUCUUGAUUGGAACUCUUUGGUCUGCUCUUAGCGGUUCCUAAAAGAAAACCUCAAUGGGAGUCAUUGUCUUGUAGAUAUUUUACAGGCUAUGCGCCAAUUGUACGCGAACAAUUGAUGUGGUGUGCCAGGCAAAAUUUUCAUUGAAACUUUUCUAAAAAUAUAAAAUUGAACUUUUUUUUUGAUUAUUUAAUUUUUAUAGAUGUGUGAACACAUUAUGUAUUUAAGCUUUACGAAUAUAUUUUUGAAAUAUUGACACAAUACUACAUGGAAUAAAAAUAACUGUUGAUAGAAUUAAUAACAUAAAUGUGUAAGACUAGCAUUAAGUUAGGCUGAUAGAAAUUUUUUUUUUGUAGAAAUAAAAUUUUAACUUCAAAUUUAAA